UCCACGACCUGGGCACCGAGAUGAUCAUCACCAAGACCGGCAGGCGCAUGUUCCCGACGUGCCGCGUGUCGUUCACGGGCGUGCGCGCCGAGCAGCGGUACGCGGUGCUGAUGGACAUCGUGCCGGUGGACAACAAGCGCUACCGCUACGCCUACCACCGCUCGUCGUGGCUGGUGGCCGGCAAGGCGGACCCGCCCGCGCCCUGCCGCCUCUACAUGCACCCAGACUCGCCCUUCACCGGCGAGCAGCUGCGCAAGCAGGUCGUCUCCUUCGAGAAGGUCAAGCUCACCAACAACGAGAUGGACAAGAACGGACAGAUCGUGCUGAACUCGAUGCACCGCUACCAGCCGCGCAUCCACCUGGUCAAGUGGCGAGAGCACGGCGGGCCCAUCACCGACCUGGAGAGCGAGCAGUACCGCACCUACAUCUUCCCCGAGUCCGUGUUCACCGCCGUCACCGCCUACCAGAACCAGCUGAUAACGAAGCUGAAAAUAGACAGCAAUCCUUUUGCUAAGGGUUUCAGGGAUUCAUCAAGGUUAACAGAUUUUGAUAGGGAUCCGAUGGACGCGAUGUUCGUGGACCAGCACUUCCUGCGCUCCCCCGCACUGCGGCUGUACUCGGAGAUGGACGCCGAGAACAACAACGCGGCGGCGGCGGCGGCUGCAGCGGCGGCGGCGGGAGGCACCGCGGGCUUCUUUUCGGCCGCCAUGAUGGAGAAGGCGCGCGCGCACCUGUCACUGUGGGGGCGGCCCUACUCGCCCGCGGAGCUGCACGCGCUGCUGGGGGCGGCGGCGGUGCAGUCGCCCCCGCUGUGGGCCGCCGCCUCCGGCGCAGGGCCCGGCGCGCCGCGCAUGCCGCCGCUGCCGCUGGCCGGUCACCUCUGGGCCGGGGGCGGCGCCCCGGCGCCAAUCCCGCCGCCCGCGGCGGCCGCGCCGGCCCCGGCGCCGCAGUCGUGGUCGGUGCUGUCGCCGCCGCCGACGUCUUCGUCGAGCUCGUCGGGGUCGCCGUCGCCGUCGUCGGCCGGGGCGGCGGAGCUGCGGCUGCCGCGGCCCGUCUUCCCGCAGCGCUUCAGCCCCUACCCGCUGGUGGCGGCGCCGGUGCCCGUGCCGGCGGCCAAGCAGCUGUCGCCGCCCGCCGCGCCGCCCACCGGCCCGCAAGACCACCGCGCCAACUGAACCGGAAGCCCGCGCCUUCCUCACUGGCCCUACACCGAAACGGGACGAAUUUGGCGAGUUCCUUACACACUGCUGCCAACCUGAACGUGUUUUACCACAAGAAGAAACCGAAAGUGUUACACACUGGUGUAUCUGAGUUAUACAGGGUGUACAUUUUUAAUACCGUUCGUUUCCUAUCCCUAUAGGUAUCGUGGACUAUUCUAAGAAUCAACAGCAAACACUGACACGUGUGAAAGUGCACAAUUAUAGAAGUAAAAAUUUCCAGUAAACAUGUUCCACACACAAAUUCUUUUCGAGAUAACUGAUAAUGUUCGGUUGCUAGUCGUGCUGUGGUUGCCAGAAACCACACAUGUAUUUAUACAUGUGGCGUCUGUUCUUUUGGACGCCACAUGUAUAAUUGAGGCGAUGACAGCCAAUGAUGGCUUCAGUGCAGAUGCACGUCAAACUUGAAAUGUUACGAGACUCAGCGAGAUACCGCGAGUAAUGAGGCUAGCGGACAGUGCACUACAUCAAUAUUGUGUGGUAAAAGUUAAGAAUUUGGGUCUGACGGGAGACGUGCUAGGGUAGCCCGUGCAGACAUGACUACUGUGCUCGAAUAGUAUAGUGGUCAGAUGUGGUGACCGCGUUGUCUGGAUCUCUGUAUGUCCAUCUUUUCUGAGGUGGUACCUGGACCGACUCGGCAGAUGAUGGUUAAAGUUAUCGCUAUAGCAAGCAUAAAUAUAGUAAUUCCAGUAUUCGAAUGCUGGCCCCUGUUUUGACCAGAACCGAGGUGGAAUCUUCCUACAGGGGCCUGAAGAUGGGGCAGUUAAUCGCCGAAGCUGGUAGCCAAAUAAAAUAAGUUUGGAAACUAGACGGCUGAAAAUUGUUUUGUUUGACAUACUGUGCCUGUAUGGUUAGUGGUCAGCACAACUGCCUAGUAAGCAGGAGACUCGGGUUCGAAUCACGAUCUGGCAAAAAUUUUCGACUUUACCUGUUGAUAUAAAUCAAUGGCCACUGGCAUGUAAUGUCUGUAAAUCCUUUUUGUCCACGUUAUAUUUUUCCUGUACCUCUCAAACACACAUAUAUGCAAGUACUGUUUACGAGAAAUCUCACAGGGCAAGUUUCUGUAUAAAACGUACGCUAGCCCUCAUCAACAGCAUGGGAAUAAAGGCAAUUUGCAGUCAGCUUACAGAGAAAAUAUCAGACAGGAACAUUUUAUAGGAGACUAAUACUUUCCAAAUACAUGUCCGUAGGCAGGCGUAGGUCCAUGUUGUGAGUAGUGGACGGCUGACGUUCAAGCAAGCUGCCGGUAACAUAUAGCUGAAGUAAACAGAUGUACUACUGUGCAUUUUAUUGUAUACUGUGAUUUUUAUGACGUAACAAUCAUCUAUGAACGCUAUAUGUACGGACAUGGCCACGUGUACAACGUGACUUUUGAUUGUAAAUGUUUUAUUUCUGACAAAUCUUUGUAUAAUGUACUACAUUUUACCAAAUAACAUGACGACUUGGCAUGAGGUUCCAGCUGACCGCGAACACUUCUUGUAACAAAAUUUUGAAGACCUGAAGAUGACAGCAAAGUCUGUCGAUUAAGCUUUCUGACAAAGC